AUCAAGCCAAAUUUAUGACUGGCCCACGCCGUCACGUGAUUCUAUUUAAACAUGCCAUAUUUGGGCAGCGCGCAGAGAAUAAAGAAAGAAGAAUCUCCACCUAUAAAUUCUGCACUUUAGAGAACAAAAAACCCCCCUGAACUUCAAAGGGCCACAAAUCAAGUCUAAUCAAAAGGGUGCAAAAAAAAAAAUCCGACAUGAGUUCCUACGUAGCCAAUUCGUUCUAUAAGCAAAGUCAAAAUGCUUCUGCCUAUACCAUGCAAAGUUAUGGGAAUUAUGGAUCUGUGUCUGAAGUUCAGUCAUCCAGGUAUUGCUACAGUGGGUUGGAUCUAAGCAUGACAUUCCCAUCCUCUGGUUCUUCAAACUCUCUGGGCGGUUUGGACAUGUCUUCAAGCCCUAGAAAUAACCCCGAGCGACCUGCCUGCACAGUGAUGGGUUCUUCGGGCCACUCUGUAGCCAGAGACGACCAGACUCCUCUGACCCCUGGAAUUUACAGUCAGAAGGCUGGUAACACGGCGUUGGAGGAUAGAUCUAAAAGCACUAGCGAGAUCAAAGCGGAGCCGGUGCAAACUGCACAACACGGAGGGCAACAACCGCAGCAGCCGCCACCACCACAAAUAUACCCGUGGAUGACCAAACUACACAUGAGCCAUGAAACAGAUGGCAAACGUUCCAGAACUAGUUAUACUCGCUACCAAACUCUGGAACUAGAAAAAGAAUUUCAUUUCAACAGAUACCUCACAAGGCGGAGGCGCAUUGAAAUUGCCAACAACCUGUGCUUAAACGAGAGGCAAAUAAAAAUCUGGUUUCAGAACCGGAGAAUGAAAUGGAAGAAAGAUUCCAAACUGAAAAGCAAAGAUUCCCUCUAAGCAGAGGGGCGACUCUCUAAGAAGAGGGUCAAUAAAUAUUUACACUAGUUUUGUUGUAAUUUACCUUCAGAAAACUUUUCUUGUUGGGGUGGGGAGGGAGUCGUAUUGCUGAAUAGACUGUGUUACAUACCCUCACAAAUCCAUCAGACAAAGGAGUUAUCUUAUUAGUAUGCAAAAACCUACCCUUAGCUUCCUGCAGAAUUUAGUAUAUAGCUCUUUAGAUUGUUACUCAGUGUUCUAACCUGUACGUUCUUUUCUUCGGGGAAGGGGGGGGGGUGUUAUAAUAAUAAUGUUGCUCAAAAACAAUCCGCAGAGAUAAUGGGUUAUAUUUGAUCAGUACUGUAAGAAUAACAGCAAUACUAACCUAAGGGAGAAAAAACGCCAAGUAAGUUGUCUAAACUCACAGAAUCUUCCUUAACUGCCUGCUUAAUAGAAGGAAAAAAUGUUGCUAUAUUUUAUUGUAUGCAAAUUAACCUCUGUAUUCUGGAGCUCUGCAUAAAAGACUUGACUUCUCUCCACUUUCACUUUCUGAAGUCUAAAAGAAAAAUGUUUACCUUGUACGUGGGUUGGAUAUGGCCACAGCUUUUUUUUUUUCUCCUAGAUGCACUUCUCCUCAAACACGGUAAAAACUCUUGAGACUAGUGGGUUUUUGUUUGUUGUUUUGUUUUGUUCGGGCUUAGCUUUUAUUAUUUUAUUAUUUGCAUAUGAAAAGAAAGGACUGGACUAUGAAAUAAUCGACCUGAGCAAUCAUCCGAAAUAUCUGUGCAGAAGAGUAAAGCAUGGAGGGGGGCAGGGGUGGGGAGGUGGGGAAUGAAAUGUCUGGACCUAAUAUUAUUGUGUAUUUAUUUGUUGCGUAAUUAACGUAGAUUUGCUAAAUGCUAAAAAGUAUAUAAAAACAAAACAAUUUAUACAUCUUUGUUUACAUGUAGUCCAUUUUAAUAACUUUUUCCCCCCAAUAAUGUACUCCGUAUAUUUAUUUGGUGGCAGUUUCAUAUGUGAAAGACCAUGGAACUUAUAUUUUGUCAUAUUAAAUAAACACUAAAGAAUGCAAAACUUCGGCGUGCCCGCUGAGAUGAACAGCCCGCUUUUGUCCUUUCCUGGAGUGGCAUUCAAUUCCUGGUUCUAGUUUGCUUAAAAAUCUCUCUCUGAGAUAACAGGGGGGCAGAAUAAAGGCUCUGGACAUUUCUAGACCUGGAAGCUACGAGGGGUGCGUACUUUCCAAUGGUGGGGUCGUCUGGCUGUAGCGUGCGCUGCAUAGGAAGCUCUGAAUAAAGUGAAACCCGGCUGUUGACUCCCAACGUGCAGUUAACAUGGCAGCCUUGGCUUCCGCUUCUAAACCAAGUGAACUGGCUUGGGGCUCGGUAUUCAUGUCCCCCAACUGACUGAGGGCCUCUUCUGCCAGGAAGACCGUUUCCAAAAACUGCCCCAAAUGCCUAGUUCCGAGAAACCCCCCUGCCUACACAACCUACCCCGGAACGCUCUUUGGGCAGCUUGAGAAGCAACAUAAGAACCCUGGGUUGGAAUGGCUGUGGUGCAGGAUCUGGGGGUCUGCACAGUCCUGUGAACGCACCUGGCCUUUCAGCGGCCCACAGGCCCACUUCCAGCCCCACUGAAGUCAGUGG